UAUCAGGAUGGGGGGCAGAUGGUAGCGCGGGGGCGACGAGAACGAAGAGCGAGAGGGACGGGCGGAGAGAAGGGAAAGGAAGAGCGGCAGGGCGGGAAGGGAACGACCGGUGGGGUGGUGUGUGUGUAUGUGUGUGGAGGAUUGGCACGACUACGCAGUAGUCGCAUUAAAAGCGUUUUCUCUCUUCGUCAAAAAUGCAGGACCAUCUACAAGAAAGUGAAAUGGACGCCCUUCUGGACGCUGUUGGAAACGAACUUCGACGAACUACUGAUCGCUACAUCGAUGUACGUAUACUCGUCGAGCUACCUAACGUACAGCGUGCCGUUCACGACCGUCUGGUACGCUCUAUUCAUCCAGCCAGACGGCGCGAUCAUCACUACAUGGUGGUACAUCAACAUCUUCAGUGACGGUGCAUGGACAGUGUCCUUCGUCUUCGGCAUGUGUAUCGCGUGCAGUAUCAUAGGAGUGCAGCGCGUAAAGAAGCUUACAUGCAUUAAUAAAAAACAUUUCGAUGACGAGUUCUCUUCACCGUUCUUCAACAUCCUUUACGUCUUGGGCGGCAUGACUGGUCAAGGAUUGCAGAAAGUACCGAGGGAUUUGUCCAUGCGCAUAAUAGCACUGGCACUGUUGAUGAUGGGGAUGCUGCUGUCCUACGGAUUCAGCAGCACUCUCACUUCCUGCCUGACGAGCAAAGGAAACUCCGUCGCCAUUACCAACCUUGAAGAUGUAGAGACAAAGCGAUCGCAUUCGCUUUGCAUGAGGAACAAUAGCGGCGCGUAUGGCUACUUCACUGUGGUACGUAAAAAUAGGAACAAAGAAAAAAUGCAUAAAUAAAACGCACGUUCUUUUCGAUGCCAAGAACGUGUCCCGAAAUUAAGAUCAUGGAAGAUCACGUCUCAAAACAAAACGCGAUGUUUCGCAGAACGAAACAAAGGACAGCGAACUUAAAGAUAAGUGGAAAGAAUUGGUGAACAAGGAUUGUCCCGACAUGUCGAACAAAGAGGUCCUCAUUUCGCAAAUGUGUCGUCCGGGUUUCGUGUACCUGGAAGUACCAGGCGUAUUUCUGCCAACUUAUAAGUUGGUUGAGCAUACCUGCGAGCUCCUGCAGUUGCAAACCACGUACUGGAAGAGGAAAUUGUCGUUUGUGCACACAAAAACGGCGUCACACCGACAACUCAUCGACGCUUAGUGAGUACUUUACAUCAUAUGUUUCGCACAAGUCGAUUUAUUUUAUCAAAAUAAAAUAAAUUAAAUUAAAAUAAAAAAAAGACAGACAUUAAACUCAUUUGAAAUUAAGUAUUGUUACUCUGUUGAUAGCUUAAUGCGUAUGCGGUCGGCUGGGAUACUGACAUACCUCGAGAAAAAGUGGAUCCUGGACGAAUUCAACACCCCAGCUAGGCAUGUUCAAUCGAACACUUUCCAAGCGGUGGAAUUCGUACACAUUCGUUUGACCAUCUGCGCACUUUUCAUAAUGAUGUUCGUCAGCUCGUUCAUCUGCAUCUUGGAGAACGUUUGGUACAAGCAGCAAGAGAAAUCGCAAAGGAAAAAUUCUACUUUGAUAUUACUGGGAGUGCGCGAUAGCAAGCCGAAUCUCACGAAAGCGUAUCAAGCGAGAUCACGGCUGAGAUGGCGCAGAAAAUUCAAUUCAAUAUUGUUACUCGAUACAAACAAUUCCGAAUUCUUUCAGAAUGUUACAGUACGAAUUAAUCGGUGGCAAAUGUCGCGCUCGCGAUUAUAAAUACAUCCAAGAAUUGUAUUUGCAACAUUAUCUGGAACGAACUGCGUUUUUGAUAAACGGCAUGAUCCGCAGGUCAAUGUGUCUCAUCUCUAGAGCUUAAAAAAAUCACAUCGAAACAUCCCGAAGAAUACUAUCUAGCACGUUAUUAUUUUAUUACAUAACUUCCUGCGCAUGGAAUGAAAUAUUCAUUAAGAGAUUUGAAUAAUAUUAAUGAUUGAAUAUUAAUGGCUGGAAACGGUUGAUAAACCGUUUUUUUGUAAACAUACGAUAUUUGGUUCGUAUAGGAGCGAACAAUGCAAAGAGCGCAAUUUUAGCAGCGAGCGUGAAGGGUUGCUUCGCCUCGUUUAAUCUUGAUAGCGUAGUACAUAGUAUACAAUACAGAAAAAUAAUCAUGGCGAACAUCGUCACUGUGACCGACACAUCUUCCGCGUUACGCCAAUCCGUACGCGGAUUCCUUCUAGAAUUGCAACGUGCAAUCCGAUGCAACGGAGCUCCCUCUUUCUCUCAUUCUCUCUCUCGUCGCUACAAUAUUAUGUUAUUCACAAUUAUUAUAAACAACGGACAUUUACAAAUGCGUUAUGCAUCGGCAUCAGAUAUUUUAAGGCCUAUACAGAUCUUACGUUACAGUUAGAGAAACUUUGGCUUCUUCUUACGCGGUGUCCCGCAACUUUGAUUUUUCAGAAGGAAUACGGAAGCGAGGAGAGAUAGUUUGGCUGGGACGAUUUUCAGCGAGGAGCGAAAUCCUAAUAGACGAAGUGUCUCGACAGAUAUCUUUUAAGUAAUUCCCCGCUUCCGCAUUAUCGAUCUCCACGACUGGUUUAAUUCUAUUAGGGAUCCUAAACUUAAUCCUAAGAUGUCCAACGUGGACCUCAGCGUUCCCUUAUCUUGCGAAAUAUAUCGUAUUCUCCUCGAGCAUAAAAAUGUAUUUAACUGUGUUUGAUUAUUUUCUGGCCUAAGAUAUUCCCCGGAGGGUUUUCCAACGAAACGAGUCUCGCCUAUCUCUCUACUCGAUAGAAAAAAGGAAAAGAAACGAAGAGAGACGCGUAGGUAUGAUUUCGAUGUGUACGAAGAUAGACUUUUAGGAUUACCACUAUGACGUUCCAAUGGGGGGGUUUCCUCAGCGUCUCGAUGGUGCAACCUGAGGAAGAACUCAUUCCGAUCGUUAUGGAUGAUCUUGUGUCUGCGGCCGCGCUCGUUACACGAAUGUCACGGUAAUUAUUGGAGCAUUGUACGUUAAAUUGAAAUAUUGUAUAAUAAAUUAAUUAAUAAAAAGUGCAUCAAUAAUAAGUGUCUCGCGUGGUGUACAAUGACGUUUCGCGCUUACCUAUAAUAUAUAUCCUGUUUCUUUUAUGGAAAAUUGUUGCACGGAGGAGUUUGGUCUCGGUGUUUUUCCGAUAUGUGUCAAAAAUGAGCGAGUUUUGAUUUGGCGUCUCUUUUAAGAAGUUUGUUUGAGCUGCAAUAUUGCUACGAUAAAGGGAAUGAAAUUCGUGACACAGAGAAAUACAUGUAAAAGGACAUGGCACGCUACAUGGAUUCACAGAUACAUCACACUUCAUUAAUGAGAUUUCGAAAUUCCUCUUCGACCUUCAGAUUCAUUUCUCAAUUUAUCUUUCUCAAGAAGCGAGCUAGAAGUUUUGUGCGCACUCAUGAAAAUAAUGAGCAAAUACAGGUAAGCUAAGAACACGGCAAACGAUCGGAACUUCAAAGAGUUAGUAAUUAACAAAGGUCCACGGCCCAUUCUGCUGUGAACACGUAAAUUUCUCAAUCGGAAAAUCACAUUAUCUACAUUUUCCGUUCAACUUUCAUCAAUAAAACGUCAUAAACUCUUAAUUCAUCAAUAAAACGUUUCGUAACUCUGAACUAAGAAAAAAAUAUACAUACGUGGGAAUAUAUUCCGACAAUUCUGCGUAAGCGUGAGAUCAAGUCAAACGACAUUUCGCAGAUACCCUUAUGCGAACAUUAUCUCUAAUAUCAUCUCUGAGAAUCAUCGAUCACUGCACAAUAAAAUACAAUAUUUAAUCUUCCCAAUCAGUAAUUGCACGUCGAGUUUACAGAAUAUCUCUUUCUAUGUUCAAAAUUCCGAAGAAAAUUCAACAAUUCGUGAGAGUGGCGUCUGAUUCACAAAAAUUUGACGUUUGCAACGUCGAAUUUUUUCCUCUUUCUUUUUUAAUUGCACUAUUUUUAAUAAAAAUGGUUUUCCAGUCAGACGGAAGAGCCAAAAGGUGUUUUACACGAAUAUGAAAUAUGCACUGUAUGACACAAAAUAUACAAUUAAGCACAUUUAAAAAAAUUUCCUCGACAUCAGCGAUACGGUGUGUCAGUGCAGCGUAUCGCGUUACCGCGGCUUCAACGUCCGGAUUCCGUCUAGCUAGUCGAAAAUAGUUCUUAUAGAACGAGCUUCUCAAGCAUAAAACACUAGUAGAUCCUGCCUGCGAAAGAACGGUAUCCCACUCGUGUUCAACCAUCGGCUUGCCGAGAUCGUCGAAAGCAAAGUAACGCUUGCGCUCCUAAA